CAGCUGACUCGACCAAAACAAAUAUGGCGGCUGUACUCACGACAGUAAACACAGCGAGGCUUUUUGCCUGCUUUUCUUUGUUUUCUUUGCGGCAUUUUGCAGAUUACACGUUUUGUAAAGUUACGGUUUAACUCAUGGACUGUUGCUGGGAAUUUUAUUAACGGACGACAACCGUGAAUCCCGCAAAAUAAGCGGAAGUGCCAGCCUCUCGUUUAAAACCAAACAUCCGCCUCUGUAACGCGUGUUUAUGAUGUUUGGGUCGUCGUCGCAGCAACACGAGGAUGGUAAACCAUGAAGUUAACACGUUAAUGUAAGGUAGUCGUACCGGAUGAAGAGGGAACGCUGUGAACAAGAUGUAACGUCUCUCACGCUGAACUAAUAAACAAGAGAUGGACUUGAACGUGGAAACAACCUGAGAGGUAAAUAAGGGAAAGUUACGGAUAUUAGACGAUGGGUUUGGUGAACUUUGUGAUCUCCACUUUCGGAAAAUGCCUGGACGCUGUGUGUUUACUGCUGGACCUGAACUUUGUCGUCGUCCACACCGUGGUGCGGACUCUCCUGGCGGUUAUCUCCUUCAUAAACAACCUGCCCACCCUCCUCCUCACCUCGGUGCUGGAGUUGGGGAACUUCAUCCUGUUUUGCGGCGUGUCCAUGGCGGAGGCUACGUCAGACCUGGCCCACAGUACAGUCGCCAUGCUGGGGAGCCUGGUGCUGGCCCUGGAGGGGCUGCUGGAGAGCCUGAAGAUGAUGGGUUACCUGUCCAUGCACGUCCUGCUGCGGGGGAAGGAGCACCUGUGUCGAGGGCUGCUGUCAGUGCUGGAGGGCUGUGGCAUCGCUGUCAGCCUGGUGGUCUAUUUCGCCAACACUGUGGUAAACUUUGCACUCAUUGCCACCCAGAACAUCUACCUGGCGGUGCUCAGCGUGUGGCAGACGGUGUCCAGCCCGCUGCAGAAGGUGCUGGAGCUCGCAUUGACCUCCUUCACCUUUCUGUACAGCAGCCUGGUCGGUACAUCAGCUUUCCUGUGGUCACCCUGUAAACUGGUGUUGGACUUCCUGGUGUCACUGGUGCACAUGUUCAUCAGCAUCUUCAUCCUGAACAUCUACGGCCUCCUGCUCACUGUCGCUAUCGCUCUGACGACCACCGCCUACCUGAACCCAGGAUUGACCCGACAGGCAGCUGCUCGAAUUAUGGGUUACAUUAACUCUUUUCCAGUACUGCGUAGGCUGUAUCUGGCUCUGCACCGCUUCCCUUCAGACUUGUGGCGCAUCCCACGUUUUGUCCUCAGUAACAUGCAGCACCUGCAAAGGAUACUCCAUCACCUGUACCUACUGGAGAGAGGACUUUGGCGGCAGCUUUCUUGGCACAGCAGCCAGCUAGGCCUCACACUGCGGGCACAGCUCCACAGGGACAACAACAACAGAGUGCGAGGCGACGGUGACCCUGGAGAGGAGAGGCGGGACCCACCAGAUGGAAGGGCAGGAGAUGGAGCCGACCAAGAGCUGUUGGAUUUAGUUUUGCCCUCAUCCAGCACAGACAGACCGCUAAAGAAGCAGUCGGCUUCAGGCAAAGACGGUAAACCUCUGCCUGCCGAGAAUCUGCUGACUCUACUGAAGGAGCAGGAGGACAGAAAGAAGUGUGUCAUCUGCCAGGAUUGUAUAAAGACGGUGGUGCUGCUGCCAUGCAGACACCUCUGCUUGUGUAGAGACUGUACAAACAUCCUCCUGAGGCAGCCCAUCUACCAACAGAACUGCCCACUCUGUCGUCAUAUGAUCCUCAACACCAUGGACGUGUAUCUAUGAGAGUCAGACAGAAGCAGAUCUAUGGAGCCUCACAGCCUAUCAGUAUAUACAGUAUUUACCACCACUGAAAUCAUAUUGAAGUACUUAACAUGUAUUUACUAGAUCAUGUUAAGAAAUAGGCGUGGUGAUACUUUGUUUGCUGUCACAUGUCAAGACCAAAAAUAGCAAUGCUCCUCUUCCCUGACUUUAGCACUCAGCCUCAAACCUUUUCAUUCCUACUGAAGCUGGCAGUUUCAUAAAUAUGUUGUUUUAUUUUUAAAACACUGUUUUCCCUACAACAGCUGCGCUCUGGAGUUUUUUACAAUAUAAUAGUGAAAAAGUGGUGAAUAUUGGAAACUACUGCAUUUUGACUAGACACGUGUUAAUAACAAAAUAAAAAGUGAAGUGGAAAAAAGAUAGAUCUUAUAGAACUUGGUUUCAGCUGUGUGUACUCUGAGUGCAGUAGAGAAAAACUAAAGAAAACACAUGCUAUGUCUCAAUUCCUUAUUAUAUACUAACUAUACAUUAUAUGCUAUACACUAAUCUUUUUUACGGGUUUUGCAGUUAGUGUGCAUCGAUCAGCCACAACAUUACAACCACUGACAGGUCUAUAACAUCCGGCAUCUCCUGAUUUUGCAAUGUUCUGCUGGGAAAACUGGAGUCCUGGCAUUCAUGUAGAUGCUUCUUAGACACACACCACCAACCUGAACAUUGUUACUCCCCAGCAUUGUUGACCUUGUUUCCAAACUUCAUAGAUCUCAGUCCAGUUGAGUAUCAGUGGGAUGCCCAAUCCAAGGAGACUCCACUCUACAACCCACAAGACCCAAAUUUCUCUGCUAACAUCCAGGUGCCACACAACACAGGCCACCUGCACAGGUCCUUAUUCCAUGCCUAGACAGGACUCAAUUCAAGGGGAGACAUAAAAUAGUAGGCAGGUGGUUUGCAUGUUGUGGCUCAUCUCUGUGUGUUUUUUUCCAAAAAUAUAACUGAACUGUUUCACCACCUACCAGAGUUCUUGCCUUUACUUUGAGCAUUACAUUGUGGGAUAACAGUUACUAGUUAGUUAAUAGGACCUUUUUUUUUUUUUUUGCUUUCUAUCAUACUGAAAUUCUGCUUAGAAAUAUGAAUUUGGGGCCUCUAAGAUCCACCUGUUCAAAUAUUCCAAUGUUGCCACGUUGAGUUUCAGUUGUCUUAGCCCUAGUAAUCCGUUGGUGUCCUUUAUGCUGAAAAGCUUACCACCGCUAAUGUCUUAAACUGUUGUGCUUUCAGUGGGCCGUGCUGUGAAGGAGGAGCGCUAACACUGUGCUUUACUGCAUGAGUAUGAUGAUGAUUCCACACAUGCUGUAUGUAUGAAUGCUGUACCUAUCUACGCGGAUUCCAGAUUUCACUAUUUCAGUCUCUGUAAAUGAUGACCACUUUAAUUUUUGCUACGUUUUCACUUUUUGCAUAAAACUGUGUACAGAGUAAAACAGAUUUUGUGUAUUUGAGGAAAGUGAUUUAUGGUUUUCCAGUCAGCCUUUGUUACUUUAAUUUGUUCUAUUGAUAGGGCUUUUCCAGUCUUCCACCAGAGGUGUGUUACUGUCACCACCAACAAAUAAUCCAUAAAUGGUUUUCCCUUUCUUUUGACAUUGUAAUAAAACUGAUUUCUGUUGUAUAAAAGGACCAUAAACUAAUAAGGCUUUGCAAUUUAAUUUGCUUUUGUUUCUCAUAUGUUGCUUUCUCAGCCAAGGUGUUAAUAUUGAUCUGUGUUUAAAGUUUACAGGGCAUUUUUUUGACACCACUUAAUGUGUUGUUAUUAUUGAUGAUGCAUGACGUUGAGCCUGAUUUAGGGAAAACAAAGUGCCAUCUGUUAUAUGGACGCAUAUUAAAGGUUUUUUCCCCCCAUUUAAAUAAUUUUGUACGAUUAGAGGACAUUUUUGUGACUGCAGUUACAUCGUGUAAUAUCAAAUACUGACAUUGUGUUCUAUGCUAGAUGACAUCAUUUAUGAAAGUGGUCUGAAUGUCAGUUUUUGAAGUUUGUGGAUGAUUUCUAGAGACUCAGGUAUUUCUAAAACGCCUAUGGUACUCCUAACAAAAGGUUGCAGUGGACUGAAAACAGCUCACAUGACCAUCAUCUGUGAACAGUGAGGGACAAUGUGAUUUGAUGACGUGAAUGUAAGUUGUGUUUUAUAAAAUGCAAUGGCUGCCACAUAGCUGGCAAGUGUUCUGUUCAUAAUAAAACAACAAUCAA